AUGGCCUUCCAAAAUGCAAUUCGGUUCUUUCUUCCUUAUCAUCGAAGCGUUGUUGAAGAGAAGAGUUCCGAGGACGAAAUGGCUUCGAAUGCAGCGCCCACACACAUUAUCGAUCUUCUUCGAAAUGCAGCAACAGCUUCUCCUUCAAAUGGCUGCCUCUAUCUCGAGAGAGGCUUGAGCGAAGAUGCGACCAGAGAGAGCUAUGCCGAGUUGUAUCAAAAAGCACAGGAAAACGCAGUCCGCCUGUUAGAAGCUGGCAUCGUUGGCAAAGGGAAGCAUGUAAUCACAUACUUCGACGACCAGAGAUCCAAUGUCCUAUGGUUUUGGUCAGUCGUUGCUGCUGGAGGAAUCUGCGCCAUCCUCAACCCAAUCUCCAACGAACCGAAGACAGCUGCCGGCCAGCUCGAGAACAUCAAGACACUCUUCCCCGAUACCACAGUCAUAACAAGCCACAAGCUGUCUGCAAUCUUCAUCUCGCAACGACUGCCAGUAAGCACGGUCGAGGACAUCCUCGAGAACAACCACCGAGUUUCAGUGAAUGGCAAUCUUCCAACAGUUGCAUCGUCCGCUCCGGAUGAGGACAUCGCAGCGAUCCUCUUCACCUCUGGCAGCACAGGCUUCUCAAAGGCAGUCAAGUUCUCACACACCCAGCUCAUUGCUUCGGUCAAAGCAAAAUCCAGCUACCUGGAGACACAGGAUUUGUCGUUCAUGUCUUGGGUCAGCUAUGACCAUUCGGCAUGCUUCUGCGAAAUCCACCUCCAAGCGAUGUAUAAUGGCACAGAUCAAGUUCUUGUACAACCAUCAGACCUUGUACAAGAACCAUAUCGGUUCUUCAAGAUCAUCAGCGAUUACAAAAUCGGCUACACAUUCUCACCCAACUUCUUCCUCGCAGCAGCAGUCGAAUCACUCUACCGACAGGACCCCACAAAGUUGAGCAUAGACCUGAGCACGCUCCGGGUAAUCAUGUGCGGUGGAGAGGCAAACCGAACAAAGACGUUGGGUGCCGUUGAUGAGGUUCUCCACAGAUACGGAGCUCCGAAAUACUCAAUCAAGGCAGCGUACGGCUUGAGCGAAACCUGCUCAGCGUGCUUUUACAAUCUCCGCAGCCCCGAUUACGAUUUGGAGAAUGGCAACACUUUUGCUUCCGUGGGCAAGCCAUUACCAGGUGGACUGGAGAUCAAGAUUGUGCCGAUUGGUGAUGAGACCGAGACCAAUCCGGGUGAGGGCCUGGUAUAUCUCAAGGGACCAGUCAUCUUCAAGGGAUACCACAACAAUGAGGUGGCCACAGCUUCCGCAUUGACCGAGGACGGUUGGAUGAACUCGGGCGACAUUGGAGCUCUGGAUCAGAACGGCAACCUGCGACUUCUUGGUCGGCAAAAAGAGGUGCUCAUUCUGAACGGCAACAACUACUCAUCCUUCGAGAUUGAGUACGCGCUUGAGACCGGCAACAUUGCUGGGUUGACCACAUCAUACACUGCAGUCUUCUCCACAUGGAACGAAGCUGCAUCGUCAGAGGCUGUGGUAGUGCUUUUCAACCCAACCGAGGCAGCUAUCGGACCCAAGAACAUGCGAGCCACGCUCCAAGCCAUCGACAAGAGCAUCUUCAGCAUCUGCGCCCAAAAGGCACUUUCGAUCAUUCCACUCCCCAAGAACCUCUUGCCCAAGUCAACGAUUGGCAAGCUCUCCCGCGCAAGGCUGAAGCAAGAGUUUGAAAAGGGCUCCUUCAAUGAUUACAUCAUUCAAGAACAGCCGGUGUCCAAGCUUGCAAAAGCACAAGAGAAGUCUCUGGACUCGCUCUCUCCACUCCAGAAAGAGAUAGCACAAAUCUACGCCAACAUUGUCGGCGUCGCACCCGAGGAGCUGGUUGGCCAGGAUGCGCUGCUCUCAUCAGGAAUCAACUCGCUCGGUUUCAUGCGAUUGAAGAAGGCGCUCGAAAAGGGUUUGAAGAUCCACCAGGACAUUCCCAUGCCAUUGCUCAUCCGCUGCCAUUCGCUUGCAGAACUCGAGCAUGAGCUCACUCUGAUCGGAACCGUUUCGAAGGAGUACGAUCCUAUCGUGCCUCUUGCAACCCAAGGCAGCAAGCAGACACUUUUCCUCCUUCAUCCUGGCGCGGGCGAGUUCCUCUGCUGGAUGGGACUUAUAAAAUACCUUCCAGACAGACCACUGUAUGCUCUCCGAGCGAAGGGUCUCCACCCGGGCGAGGGUACUUUCAAGGAUUUGCCGGACUUGCUGAACUGCUAUUACACGGCCAUUCGAAGAGUCCAGCCCAAGGGACCAUACGCCAUGCUUGGCUAUUGCUUUGGUGGCCUCCUCUCUUUUGAGCUCGCCAAGAUGUUUGAAGCCGAUGGCGAACAAGUUAUCUUCUGCGGUGGUAUCGACAACCCACCCUCGCUCAAGAGCACUAUUGGACAGGUGCGAUAUCGAUCCCUGAUGAUCGACGUUCUGCCAGUUGUGACAGGCUAUACCGAGGACGAAGCACGAGCGUUCGGCGAAGAGACCGCGGGCCUCACCGACGAAGAGUUCUACGCCAUGUUGUUCACCAAGUUCUCCCCAGAAUUCAUCGAGAACAUGGACAUCACCGUCCCUCGCCUGCAAGCUUUCGGCCGCGUGGAAGAUUGUAUGCGUGCCAUUGCAGCAGAGUACGAUCCGUCUGGCUCAAUUGCCACAACGGACAUAUUCUGCGCCGACCCCAUGCCGCACUUUGGAGCGACACCAGAGAAGUGGAGGAGUGACGUUCUGGGCCUUUGGAAGGGAUUCGUCAAAGACGAGAACGUCAAAUUCCACAACGUUGAGGGCAACCACAUCAGUUUGAUUAAAGAGCCACAGAUCCAGACGUUCCAGGUCACGGUCAACGACGCGUUGGCAGCACGCGGCGCUUGA